AUGUCAUCUGAAAUGACAGAAGAAGAGUAUAAUCUACAAGAGGUCUGGGAUAGAGUAUGUGCGUCUUUUGCACAGACAACAAAGAUUGAUCUUACCACAAAGCCAAAGUACUCAGUUGACCAAGUCCUUGAACAAAUUCGGGCAAAGCAGAGUGGGGAUGACGAACAAAACAGCAAAUACAGGGCUGCUAAAGAUGUUAUUCAAAAGACUUUGAAAUUUGUCACCGUACUUGGAGGUAUCGCCGCCCAGGGCGCGAGCAUGGUAUUCGCUCCGAGCAGCCUUUGCUUCAACGCAAUCUCCUAUCUGAUAGAUACCGGCGCGAAAUAUAAGAGAAUCUUCAGCAGCUUGGCCAACCUGUUUCGCCGCAUAUCUGACGUCCUGGAACGGUGCAAAAUAUAUCUGCGUUUGCCUCCAAACACGAUUGACAUAUCCCUCCGCAGAAUCAUCAAUGACGAGUUGCUGUGUUUUGUCGACAUCUGCGCCCUUUCCAUCAAAGUUCUCAGUGGGAACAAAGUUUUGACGGCGCUAAAAGUUUUCGCUUUCGAUAGCGACGAGGGAGUCAGCGGACAAUUAGCUCGCCUUGCUAUGUUGGUUGAACGCGAAACUCAAAUGCGGGCGACUCUCGGAUUCGAGUUGCAGAUAACCAGUAUGAGGGGCAUUAUCGAUAUUAGCGAGGGUAACAGGAAAAUCAGCGCGUCGGUGGAUAAGAUGAUUAGCCUCCAGGAGAAGAAAGAAGCUGAAAGGGCUGAGAAGAAGGUCUUGGAUGAUAUCGAUGCCAGUCUCGAUACACCCAGCGUUACUCAAGAAACCCUCCAAAAGAAUCACAAGCGCAUUUUGGGGGAAAGGGUUAAAGGAAGUGGAGAAUGGCUCCACAAGAAUGUUCUCUAUACUUCCUGGGCGCACGGUCUUGAACAAGGCUUUUCAAUCUUGGGUAUCUCGGGGGCGCAAGGUCGUGGCAAGUCGUUCUUAUUCGCGACUAUCGUUGAACGCCUUCGACAAACAUCUUCCCAGAUUGGAGAAAAUCUCACAUGCACAUCAACUGCCUACUACAAUUUUGGGUCACAAAAUCAAGAAUCAUCUCUGAUAAAUGCCUUAAAGGUGCUCGCGUGGCAGAUUGUCAAGACAGAUAUCGUUUACCGGAAAGACUUGAGCUCUGUGGAGACAGAUGGUAUCGACGAAAUUGCGACUAUGUGGAACACUCUCUUUGCAAAGUCAUAUAAGAGCGAUUCCACCUUUAUCCUCAUGCUGGAUAGCAUCGAACUGAUGAAUCAGAAUCACUUCAAGGGGUUUGCUCAGCUUCUAGCAGAACUGCAGGUUAUAUCUUCGACUUGGUCUAAAUUCAAACUCCGUAUCUUGUUGUCUGGAAGAUGUGAGUCCGUCAGCAAGCUCCGAAUUCAAAUUGGAGGCGGGAUUUCAGUCAUAGACGUGGCCUCUCAAAACAAAGAUGAUAUGGGAAAGUUCAUUGACCACCGUCUCGACAAAAUGAGUAUCCUUAAAGGCUUAUCGGACCCUGUUCUUGAUCUUCGGCGGGACAUAUUACAAUGUCUUACUACAGAGACUUCUGGUGACUAUGUCAAUGUCAGCCUUCUCCUGCAUGAGAUCAGUGGAAAGCAACGCCCGAGUGAGAUUAGGAAUAUUUUGUCUCGAUCUGGUGGGAAGCGCUCCGAUACUAUUGCGCGAAAGAUUGAGCUACUAAACGAAACCCUUAGCGACGAGGACAUCUCUGACCUCAACGAAAUCCUCACUUGGACAGUGGUUGCAAGUAGACCUCUAAGUCUCGCAGAGCUGGAAGCUGUUCUAUUUGCCAAAAAUAGAGAAGCGUCUCUCCGCCCACUCGCGGAGAAGAUUAUGGACCGGUAUUCCUCAAUGCUUCGAAUAAUGGGUGAGCCGCACCCGAUAUCUCACAUCAUUCCACGAACCUCCAAGGUCGUGUUAAUUUCUGACUCAAUCAAUGAUUUCUUACGUGCAAAUGGAAGGAUUGAGAUGACCUCCGAUGUUCAUGGCAGCAUCAGUACUGAGAACGUCAAUGAAUUCGAGGUCAGAAUCGUCCGGAGAUUCUUAGAGUCCGUCUGUGACUCCACUUUGUUCAGCAAAUUUGGAUUCGAUGAUUUCUUUCAACAGAAGCUCAUAGGAAAAGCCGGCAAGAUUGGGAUUGAGAUUGAAAGCGCUCAUCUGAGGGUAGUUUCAACAUGUUUGAAGACCUUUCUCCCGCCAACGACACCAAAUCUAGCUCCUUUGCUCCCUUUUGCGAUUGAUUCCCUUGCCUAUCAUCUUAAGCAAGCUGACCUUUCGUUGGUUCAGCCUCAAUACAAAGCAGCAAUUGGACCAGAUUUGGUCAGGCUUUUUACAGAUGAGCAGGCAAUCACAAUAUGGUGGGAGGCUAUUUGGAAGUGCUACGAUCCGUCUCCACAUCUUGCUUGGAUCCUCGAAGACGACAACACAGAAGCUGUGUUAAGGUGGCUACGGGACUCUGCAGUCAGCAAGAGCUUAUCCGACCAGCAAUCUCAAUGGGUAAGCUCACUCACUUCUAAAUAUGAGCCCGACGCAGACGUUCUUGAUCAUAUAUCCAAGAUACUGGCACGCCAAUGGCUGCAGCAGGGACUGAGAGAGCAGGCGCGGCCUUUCAUUGCGGUUAAUGGAAUUCAAACAAAGAUCGAGAACAGGAAAAAUCCCCAAAUCGAAAGAUCAACGGCUUGGCCCGGACAAGCAGCUUUCGACACGGAUCAAAUCCUUUCUACGGCUGCUUGGGCUCAGUCGCAACUUGGACUAGAUCAAUUGAAAUACAUUGACCACAUUCAUAUAGCGCAGACAAUGCAAUUUUUUGACAAUCAUGAGGGGGCCAUUGAGCGAUUCAAACUUGCAUCAUCGCUCGAACCGCAUAGUUCUUACUCGCUAUUGUGUCUAUCGGAAUGCUAUGCUGAGCUAGAUGAGUACGAACUGGCGAUCGAAGUCUCUGAAAGUGCAAGAAAAGCUGUUUUAUCCUCUGACCCUGAGGGUUGCUCGGAGAAACUUGAUGGUAUAGAUGCGAACUUGGCCGAAUGGUAUGCACGAAAGGAUGAUCAUCCUGACCGAGGAAUCGCGAUAUACGAGGCCAUGCAACAUAGAAAUCCAGGAAACGAUAGGGACCAGGCCUCGGGUCUAAUUGCUCUAUACCAUAAAGCUAGAAGACAUGAUACUAUCCUCGAAUUCAUGCAAUCACUGAAGGACACCACGGAUGAUGUAACAGGGGAAACUCUUCUGGUACAGACGUUUUUCUCUUUCCGAAGCAAAUUCCAUAGCGCAAUGUUUGCAUUGGUGCAAUCCGGGAUCGGUCGUGAUAUUAUUCUCGAAGGCUACGAGGCGGCCAUUCUUGCAGCCGAGACUCAGGCUGCGGAGUGCCAAAAGCUAGGAGAAGAAUUCGAUCUGACAAACGAAGCCUUUCUCCACCAUCAACUCGCAUUUCUUUGCUAUUGGAAUGAUAAAGACGAUCCAGAAAGACGAAAACUCGCCAUCGAACGAUGGCUGCAUCUGCUAGAGAUGGAUGAAGCAUCUGACGAUUUGAUGCUUGGAGACAUCAAGACAUGCGCUCUUUCCGGGCUCACAAGAGCAUACUUCAACGAAGCCCUUGGUGAUAAAGAAAAUGCCUCUUUUUAUCUGGACCAAAUGAGCCAGCUUGCCACGUUCACACGCAUUCCCGACCACCGGUACUCGAUGCGUGACGGGACGUAUCCAACACAACUCAUUGCACGAUACUAUGUGUUGCAGGGGGAUGAAAAACGUGCAAUGGAUACCCUCCGAGGGAACAUUAAGCUCAGCCUUGAUCUUCUCUCGGAUGACGAUCCAUUGAAUGACUGGCAGGGAUAUGAAGGGUUGGCGGUAAAUCUCAUGUAUGCUGGUCAAGACGCUGAUUGCCUGGCAGCAUGGUCUUUAAUCACACCGGAGAAAAGCAUAGAAGUGGGAGAGAUCCCAGAAAAUACUCCCAGUGGCCUCUGCGUAACUGGUGCGAUGGAGGCUGUGAAACCCACUGGGAGUUCUCAGAUGAUAUGUAUGUGUCUUCGCAGGGGGGACAUGGACGUUUUGGUCUGCGAUAAAAACCAUGAUAUGAUGCAUGUUCCAGCAUAUGAUCUAAGCGAACGCCAAAGCGUUGGAGAUGGAAAUGUUAGAGUUGGUGAAAGGAUUGUGAAGAUUGACGAUUGGGUUCAUCAAAUCAGAGAAAGAUGGGGCAUACUGGGAUAG